UUUUCACCUACAGGGAGGAUGAAAUCAAAAUGAGGAGGCUGUUACCUUCGCUUAAGCCGCCAAGAGACACCCCCACCCCCCGAGGAUCGAUGCUGAUGUCUACCCUUCACCUUCGUUUCCUGCCUGUUUCCUGUCUGGUACACGUCUUGUGUUUCCUGUUAUCUCUUUCCUCACUCUUAACGACUAAUCCCUUGGCUCCAAUCACCAUUGAUGCUCUCACGCCUUCCUCUCUGUAUGCUGGAGACGAAGGUCCAGGACACCUUGCGUCCCUCUGUCGUAACGUAGAACAAGAUGCUUUGAUGGCACACAUCUAUCCACAUGAUGGAAACUGGAAAGAGUCAAGUCAGGGGUUGUUGGUGACAAUCAAUUAUACGAGGGCAUUACUGAAUCAUCAUUAUAAUGAAAGAGUGAAGCAGGUCGUACUAGACAGAAUGAAGAAGGGUAAUAUUCUUCACAUGUAAUCCUGCAAAUUGAUCAGACCUAGACAACCAAAAAAGCCACGGAAGCUUUAAUUUUAUUCUUUUACAAUGAUAUUGUUCUCUAAGAAUGAAAUCGAAUUUUAUUCUUUAAUUUUUUUUUCAUAUCAGAAUGCAAACACGUGUUCAUUCUAUGAGAAUAUAAAUAUUACAUAAAACA